UCCGAACGAUGGACCUCGAAGCCCUCUUCGUGGCCGAGCAGCUCCUGCACUUUAGUCAUCCGCUGAUGACAACGCCUCUCGGCGCGACGGCGGCCGUCGGCGACUGGGACAAGUGCGACAGCGCCGCGUCGACUGCAACCAUCAAACACGAGAUCGUGCGGCCAGCCACUCCACCGUGGGUGGCUGCGAAGUCGACGCUCGGCGUCCUCGCCGACAGCGGGAUCAACUCGUGCCUCCACGUCCCCCCCAAGGAGCUCUUGCGCCAGCACCAGACACGAUUUCGCCGGAUUCGAAAAAGGUGGCAGGCCUGGCACCUCGACAAGCUCAAGCGCCUUAGCCGCUUCCUACCGUCGCAGCGACGUCCUCGGCGCCGGAAGCACCAGUUGAAGCCAUCGCCCAAAUCUCCGUAAUCUUAUCGACUUAUUGCCUCGUCCCGCUGCUGGGCGGUCGCCAUACCCAA